GCAAUACACCAAAUUCCUCGAUGCAAUAAGGUACACAUGCAUGAAUCGUUUGUCAUCGAUAAAUGAUACUAUAUACUGCAACAUAUACUCCUUCAGUUUUCGCUUUGAUGGUCCCAUCACUUUGCUAUGAAUAUUAUCGAUUAAAGUACUUCAUCUUGCUUUCAAAAGUAUGCUUGAAAGGACUAGUUACAAUCCCCACGAGCACAACCAUCACAAAUUUACUCCACGUAGCCACUAAUUGCACUCUAGCAUCACGAGGUGCUGCGAUUCGGUUCAUCUUCUUACUAGCAUCAUGUCAAAAACAUGUGACACGAAGCUAAUCACAUCAUCAACAGCUUAAUUUGCUUCUUCUUUUCCCCAUGUUGUAGCAUCACGGGUUACGAAAAUAGCGUGCCAGCUCAGGAUUUUAGUGCGUUGCCUGCAUCCACUAUAUUGUCAAUCGAGGCUGACACUUGGGCAUGCCGCAAAAUGUCUACAUCUAUAUCCAAAACCGAAUUUGAAAACCUCCG